AAAAUAGGAAUCAUCGAGCGACCACGUCAACAGCUGAGAGAAAAUGGCUGCAGAGACUGUGGUGUAAUCUGCACAUGACUGAGAAGACGGUUUGUCCAAGUUCAGGGAGAAAUAAAUUAGAUGAAAGAAAACCGUAUAUUCACUGAAUAUAGUGUUUCAUUUUGCCUAUUCAUAUUCCAAUAUAGUUAUAGUUAAAUAAAAAAAAAAUCAUAUUUGCAGUUUUGUUUAAUUUGGUUAUUAAAAUAAUUUCCUUGACUUUUUUCAUUUGUUUUUCGCAAGCCGAUGUUUUUUUUAACAGUUAGGGGGAAACAAAGCAAACGAAAGUUGGACUUGUUCAAGGAUACGCUGAGCACAAUGGCCAUUUGGCCCAAAACACUCCUGGAGCUGAUGUUUUUAUUUGCAUUCUGUCUGUGUGUUCGAGGUGGGAUGGCAAAGGAAGACUUAAGACCGGAGGCAUGGCUCCAACAGUAUGGGUACCUUCCUCCGGGUGAUCUUCAUUUAGAAGCAUCCCGUUCAGCUCAAUCCAUUUCUUCUGCUAUUUCUGCAAUGCAAAGAUUCUAUGGCUUAAAAGUCACAGGAAACUUGGACUUUGACACAUUGAAAGCAAUGAGGAGGCCUCGGUGUGGUGUUCCAGAUAAGUUUGGAGCAGAGCUUAAGAGCAACUUAAGAAAGAAAAGAUAUGCUACCCAAGGACUGAAAUGGGAAAAGAAGAUGAUCACAUUCUGUAUACAGAACUACACGCCUAAGAUUGGGGAGUAUGAGACCUAUGAGGCGAUCAGAAAAGCUUUCAAAGUGUGGGAGAAUGUCACCCCUUUACGAUUUCAAGAGAUCCCCUACAGUUACAUUAGGGAUAAGACAACUGACUAUGCAGACAUUAUGAUCUUAUUUGCUGAGGGUUUUCAUGAUGAUCCAAGUCCCUUUGACGGUGAAGGUGGGUUCUUAGCACAUGCCUACUUUCCUGGAAAGGGCAUAGGAGGAGACACACACUUUGAUGCUGCAGAACCCUGGACCAUUGGAAACCGAGACUUGUGGGGUAAUGAUGUUUUCCUGGUGGCUGUGCAUGAACUGGGUCAUGCAUUGGGUAUGGAACAUUCAAAUGACCCCUCUGCCAUCAUGGCACCUUUUUAUCAAUGGAUGGACACAGACAACUUUGAGCUUCCUGAGGAUGACCGUCAUGGUAUUCAGCGGCUUUAUGGGCACAACCCUAACAGCUAUCCUCAACCUUCAGCUAGCCCCUACACUCCUUACCAUAUCCCUCGUCCCUCUGACUCUCCACGCAAGCCAGAAGUGCCUCACUUUGGCCCUGAUAUAUGUGAAGGUCACUUUGACACCAUUGCGAUUCUAAGAGGAGAAAUGUUUAUUUUCAAGAAUAAAUGGUUCUGGCGCGUCCGUAAUCGCCAAGUUAUGGAAAAUUAUCCAUUGCCAAUUGGACAUGUUUGGAGAGGUCUAUCGACCUCAAUUGAUGCUGCCUAUGAGAGAGAGGAUGGAAAGUUUGUCUUUUUCAAAGGUGAGCGACAUUGGGUAUUCAAUGAAGCAAAUUUGGAGCCGGACUACCCAAAGACACUGAAAGCAAUGGGCAGAGGCCUCCCCAAUGACAGAAUUGAUGCUGCCCUUUAUUAUACACCUACAGGCAACACCUACUUCUUUAGAGGAAAUGAAUAUUAUCGAUAUAAUGAAGAGUUAAGGUCGGUGGACCCAGACUACCCUAAACCAAGUAGCAAGUGGCAGGGUGUCCCCAAUGACAUCAAAGCAGCUUUCAUGAGCCGAGACCAAAGGUUCACAUAUUUCUACAAAGCCAAUAAAUACUGGAGGUUCGACAACCAGUUGAUGAGAGUGGAGGCUGGUUACCCCAAGUUUGCCUUAAAUGAUUGGAUUGGCUGUCCAGAUGAAGACCUUAAGACAGGCAGAGGUCCAGAAAGUGGUGGUAGUGAUGGCAAUGACCAUGACAAAGAGAAUAAUACAGAUGAGGAUAAACUGGAGAAAACAGAAGUCAUUAUCAUUGAGGUGAACAACGCUCCUGGUGAUGGAAGAGGAAUGGCACCUGUAGUGGUGCCGCUUGUGCUACUGGUUUGUUUAAUUUGCACGCUAGGGGCCUUGCUCUUUUUCCGCAAGUAUGGCACUCCACGGCAUCUACUCUACUGUCAGCGUUCCCUACUAGACAAAGUGUAGAGGGCUGAAGAUGUAUAAAGAGGAGAGAGAUGAAAAUAAAGCUACAGGAAGUAUGGUAUAUAUUAUUUCCAAACAUUGUUGACUUACUUUUGCAAAAUACAAUAAAAAGUGGUUCAGGAUAUUUAUCUGCAUGUAAAAAUUAGAAAGACCAUUACUGGCCCCAAGAACCUUAAGAAAAACUGGUGCAAAGCACUAGAUUUGAAAUUUUGACUGACAACCCUCGCAGUACAUAACAGUUUUUUAUAAUUUGGAGAUGCACUGUGCAAUUUUAGCCUUAAACACAACCAAAAGCAACAUAUUUUAAAAUAUUUCUGUAGAAGCAAAAAAAACCCAUUAUGUCCACUGCUGAGACAUAAAUACAUUCAUUUAUUAGAAAAACAAUUUAAAACUUAUACUUUCAUUGCAUGUUUUUUUUUUAAAAAUGGUUGUUCUCAUCAUCAUUAAAAGAAAAUCCGACACAUUUUUAUCCCUUUUGGGUCAUAAUGUGAUUCACAAUAUUGCAAAAAAAAGUGGAACCAAGUACAGUAUUCACAGUAUAAACCUUGGAGUUAGAGCAUGCUCAUGUAUGUGCACAUCCACAAUGAAUUACCUGAAGUGGAACGUAAAAAAGACUGAUGUUUAAAUGUAGUUAUUUAAGAAUGCUGCCUUUGGGAGCUGAAUCAUUUCUGGCCAAUAGCCUCUAAUUGAAAUUUUCUGGCCAACAGCCACUAAUGGAAAUUUUGAUUGCAAUUAUUUUUUAAAACAUCAUUUGAUAGUCAGAACUUAUGAUUAUGAUAAAUAAUGCAUCAUUGCUCAUAAUCAUGUUUAUCAUAGAUAUAUUUAUGAGCCAUGUUAAUUGUAAGGUUUUUGUCUUAUAGAAAACAUUGUUUACUGCAUAAAUAAAACCACUAACAUUUACAAUGUUGCUGUAUGUUGUUAUAAAUGGCCUGCCAUUUGUUUAGCUGAUUAUCUCUUUAACUUUUUUUACUUUCCUUACUCUUGUAAAAGAGAAACCUCAUACAUAUUUUCAGUCUUCUCCUGGUGUAUUCCAGAACUUUUUUUUUUUUUUUUAAACUUUUUUAUGCCCUAAUCUAGUUUGUCUUCAUUUCAACUGCUAUAUGUUGUAAAUGUGGAAUGUAAAGAUGCUUAUACUGUUUACUGGAUGGCCUUGUACAGCUCCUGAUAGCAUGACAAAUAUAGCUUAUACUCUCACAUAUACAUAGCAUUCAGGGUUAAAAACUGACCUAAAUGAUCAUACCGUUUGUUUAUUUCUUUUAACUAUUAGUCCUUAAUAUUGUAAUGUCUUCACCAAAAUUAUUGAUGAUGAUGAUGAUGAUAAUGAUGAUGUAAUUAUUACUUGUACUAACAUUCUUCUAAAUGAAAUGAUGUGUUUUACUAACAUUGACAAUAGAAUGUCCUGCUGGACAGGCAAAACACUUGUAGUGAUCUUAAUUUUUGAAUUUCGGAAUUCAAGAAAAUAAUAAAUUAAAGACAAAAAGAAAGA